AUGGACGUAACCUUGGCUCUGUUCGCCCAAGAAUCGGCAUCCUCGGACCUAUCGCCAUACGAGUACUGCAUGGGCAAAGACUCCAUCUGUAGCGCCUUCAACGACCUAGACCGAGACUGCAAAGACCAGGACGGCGCUAAAUACUAUGAAUGCAUCUGCGAAUCUGGAUGGAUUCCCACGAACAGGGCCUGUCGAUAUUGUGUGGAUGCCAUGGGCCAGGUGAUGGUAAUCGAUCCGAACGAUUAUUCCGAUGUCUGCAGCGAAGAAGGCUUUGGUGUUGCGCCGAUGCCGUCGAGCAUCGUGUCUGAGCAACGGGAGCGUAAUCAGACUGUCUCCGUUCCAGAGCCAGAUCCAACAUCGACAUCGACUUCAUCAUUCACUGUUGACUUGAGUUACACGACCGCUUCUCAUGAGCCUUAUACUGUAACGUUUUACGGGACACCAAGUAUUUCACUUCCGGAUAUUGCUCCUACGGAAACAAACGACGGAACUCGACACAGGCUGGGUUUGGGAAACUUUCUGAUAAUUAGUAUGGCGUUGAUCCUAAGCAUGGCUGUUGGUGUAUAG